ACAGAAAUCCGUGAAAAUAAAUACCACCUUAAAUCGAUUUUACGAUGCCGUGAAGGAGAAGCCAACUGUAGAACACGAACUUUUCUUUAGAGAGAGAGAGAGACAGGGGGUAGAGGAGAGGAGAGGAGAGGAAAAAGGGAAAGCAGCAGUUAAUUCGCUUUGUUUUAUAUUCAUGAAAGUAGAGGGUGAGAGAAAUCGCAUAGAAUGUAUCGCUUUCACUUUCUCUCCUCGCGCAUGCUGAAAACUAAAAACCUACGUCGUGUCCGUCUGAGUCAACUUCCAGCUCUAGAAAGACAGAGUGGUUGUUUUUCUCAAAAUUGAAAUUGGUAUUUCUGUCUCUCUCUUUGGGGAGCGUUAAAGUUUAGAAUUUUUGGGUUUUUGAAUGACGAGUUGGCUGAGAGUAUUGAAGGCCGUACAGGCCGUAGCGGCCCACGGCCUGCUCUUGUGCUUCACGCUCUUGCUCGUCCUCAAGCUCGAUCAAGUCAUCUUCAACUCCUGGUGGGUUAUUUUUCUCCCACUUUGGAUAUUUCAUGCAGUUGUUGCCCGAGGAAGAUUCUCAUUACCUGCUCCAUCAGUUCCACAUAAUCGUCAUUGGGCACCAUGCCAUGCAAUUGCUGCGACCCCAUUGCUUAUUGCGUUUGAGUUGCUCCUUUGUAUAUAUCUUGAGAGUGUUUAUGGUCAUGAUUUGGCUCCUGUAAACUUGAAGAUUGUCUUUCUUCCCUUUCUGGCACUUGAAAUAACUGUUCUAGUUGACAAUUUCAGAAUGUGUAGGGCGCUAAUGCCUGGAGAAGGAGAAAGCAUGAAUGAUGUGGCUAUAUGGGAGAUGCUUCGUCACUUUUGGGUUGCAAUAUCCAUGGUCUUCUUUGCUGCUGCUACAGUCCUCACACUCCUAAAGCUAUGCGGUGAUGUAGAUGCUCUUGGCUGGUGGGAAUUGUUUAUAAAUUUUGGUAUUGCAGAGUGCUUUGCCUGUCUUGUUUGUACAAAGUGGUCUAAUCCGAUGAUUCAUAGAAACUCUCACACAAGGGGAGCAAGCUCAACUUCUGCAACUAUUAGAUAUAUUGACUGGCACAGUAGUUUGGUAGUUUCUCCGGAGGACGACCAGCAGGAGGAUAGAAUAUGUGGUCUGCAGGACAUUGGUGGCCAUAUCAUGAAAAUUCCAGUGAUUGCUUUUCAGAUCCUCCUUUGUAUGCGCUUGCAGGGAACACCUCCUAAUGCUAAGCACAUUCCACUGCCAGUUCUCUUCUCUCCUAUUUUCCUACUGCAAGGUGUGGGUUUACUCAUUGCUGCCUCUAGGUUGGUAGAGAAAAUUGUACUUUUACUUCGUAGUGGAGCUGGAACAGGAUUAUAUUUCAGUUUUUCUGCAAGAGUUCAUGAAUUCUUGGGGUUCUUGCACAAUGGUUCGAGGCUACUGGGUUGGUGGUCAAUUGAUGAAGACAGUCAAGAAGAACAAGCCCAGCUUUUCCAGCAGGGAGCUUCUGGGCAAAUUCAUUACAUUCUAAACAAAAGAGAAAUUUGUUACGGGCAAAUUCAUUACAUUCUAAACAAAAGAGAAAUUACACGAGGAAAUGGGGUUCCCCAGCAAUCAUCCCAAAACAAGAGAUACACUGCACAGUGCAUAAAAUACAUACAUUUCGGGAAAUGGCACUAGGUAAUUGCUCCACCCGAUAAUUGAUUACUGUGCACAGACUCUCGGCAAGGAGUUUUUUGCAAGUGCACCUUGAGUAAUUCAGGAGGAAAUUCCCCUAGUCUAAUGGCCUCUAGAAGUUGCAUGCAUCCGAGGGUUCAAACUUUAGAUCUGGACUCUGGAGGGAACAUACCACCCAGACCAAGACAGUUACUACUUGAGCCAACCCUUAGGGCUUGAUGCUUUGAAUCAUAUUGCAAGAAAGUCCUGCAGUAUAGAGAUUGGUUACUUGAAGAUUGUAGCAUUGUUAUAAGAUGUUAUAAGGCAAUUUGGAAGAUGAUUCUGAUAUGCAUUAUGUGGUGUGUAUGGCAAGAGCGCAAUGAUCGGACAUUCGAGGAUAAAGAGAGAUCAAUGGAGGAGCUGAAAGUCUUCUUUUUUAGAACUCUCUGUACUUGGGCUAUUGCUGUUAGUUUUAAUGGCCAGAAUUUACACGAGUUUCUUAUUUCUUUUGAUCCUACGUAGUGUAGGACAUUCUUUGUACUGAACGUGGCAUUUUGCCUAUUCUUUUGAAUAUAUCUUCUUACUUUUCUCAAAAAAAAAAAAAUGUAUAUUUUUUUGAGUGAAGAAAAAAACAUCACUUAGCAAUGUCCGUGUCAGUUUUCUGAUUGUCUACUCCCUGUCUGUUGCACAUUCUUCCCAAUAUUAUCUCAUGCAAAUUUUAAUUUCAAUGGUAAAUGUGAAUUAGGAAUUCUCAGUUAUUGAUUUUGGUAACUCGAUAGAAAAGAUAAUGUAAAUUAUUACACACAUAUGAAGGCCAAGUUUGAAAAUUGACUGUCCCUGUUUUCUGUAUCAUGGGAUCAUGCCUGCCUAGAACCUAAACCACAGCUUGAAAGGGCAUAUUUCCCUUCUGCAUAUGGUGUUUUAGGCUUUAGCUGCUGCAUCAUAUAUUUCCUUCCCAUAUAAAGCUCAUCAAAGGGCUUUUACACAUUGCAAUUGUGAUGAUCUUUGUAUGUUGAUUGCAUACUACCCAGGUACGAUACUUUCUGUGGUUAUCCACCUGAGAUUGUGAA